AUGCUGGAUAUAUUAAACCUAGUUGAUCCCCACGUUUUACAAGAUAUAAUCCGUACUAUUCGGGACCCGGAGAAACCUAAUACUUUAGAAGAACUGGAAGUGGUAACGGAAAGCUGCGUUGAAGUACACGAGAUAGGUGAAGAUGAGUAUCUGGUUAUCAUCAGGUUUACACCAACAGUACCUCAUUGUUCUUUGGCUACUCUCAUUGGCCUUUGUUUAAGAAUAAAACUUCAGAGAUGUCUGCCUUUUAGACAUAAGCUGGAAAUCUACAUUUCUGAAGGUACACAUUCCACUGAAGAGGACAUCAACAAGCAAAUCAAUGAUAAAGAGAGAGUAGCAGCUGCGAUGGAGAAUCCAAACUUGCGUGAAAUUGUGGAGCAGUGUGUUACAGAGCCUGACUAGUAGCUAUAAUAACCAUAGAGUUGUCAUUUUGAUACAUUUGUUAAAAACUUUGUGUAAAAAGAAAAAAAAAAA